AUGCCGCAGCAUGUCGUGGAGGAACCUCAGGUGCCAAAUCGUAUGGAGGAAGAUGCCGACACCAUGAUUCACCAUCAUUUCGCCACUCUGCUGCAGCAGGAAAUUGGUGUUGUUGAGUCUGCCUACAACGAGGUGGCCAGAAAUGUGCGCACCGUUUUGCGGCGACAGUACAACAACCGUCGCGCCUCCAACGCGAAUGAGAAGAAGCAGCCACUUUGUGAGUUCGUCGGUGAGGACCGGUUGGCCAGAACUCUCGGCACAUUUCCUCCAACACAUGCCCUUUUCACCCUCGCCCGCAUCUAUGAUGAGGCUCAUAUCACUCUGUGCCAAGGUAGAAGUGCAGCUAGGAGAGGCAAGCCUCACGACGCAGCAUUCAAGGAAUCACCACGCGUCGACCUCCACACACUAACGGACGGAUUGGAUACGGAUAAAGGACUAAUCAAUGAUCAAAUACUCCUCGAGCGAAAUACCUGCCCCGGGAAGCCUUACAGAGCGGUGUGGCGGCGCAUGCCGGUUAUGGACUUCGAUAGUCUACAGUCAAUUCCUUCCUUAAGCGGCUUGCUGCCAGGCGAGAGUGAGCCUUCCCAAAUCUACGCUGGAAUCGGCGGAGGAGGCGGAUCCGACAUCAUCAGCGCAAGUCUGCUCGGUCAUUUAUUACGAUGUCAUGGGAAAGAGAUGAAUGUGCUUGUCUCAACCCGCACAUGGGCGACUGGUUCUCAGGGACAAAAAGGCUCCAGGAUGGGCAUCAAACGGGAAAUUUACGAUCAUGGAGGACAUGUCGAGGUAGAUGGCCACCCCGUCCCGGGUACAUUCAAAGUGACAGCGGAAACUUCCUCGGAAGGUCGUCCACUGGAGGCAAUCCCUGUACAACAUCACUCGCAAGUGUACAUGGUGCUUGAUCAGGGCGAAUCAAAAUCAGAGGUUCCGGAGGACGAACGAGCAGAGCUCAAGGAUCAACUGCGCGCUGUGCUCACCGACUCCGGGCAGCCCAUACAAACCGUCGCAAUUGUCGACACAGGUGGCGAUGUUUUUGGAGCAGAUGCCGGCCGCACUAGUACUCCAGAUCAAGAUUUGCGCGUACAGCAGGCCAUGACCGAUAUGGUCCACGGUAAUCUCAACGACUAUAACCUCGUCACAGCCGUCAUCGCCCCUGGCGUCGAUGCGCCUGAUGACGCACCCCAGAAAGCGCUGCAGUCUGGCGGCGUGGUCUACAGACCGACCGCAAGGGAAAAGGCCAUGCUUCUGAAAUUGAUAGCUGAAGAUUACAAAAUGGAUGGAAAGGUGCCCGGACGCUUUGGCAAAACCACCAUGGCGUUGCAGGCGCGACUAAGAGGAGAAUCAGGGUGGGUAUCUCUCGACCUUCCUGAACAUAUUGUCGACACCUGGGAAAAUCCCUGGAGUAGCUUUGUUUACAUCCGAAAGUGUAUGAGCGACAUCAUUCUGAUGCCUACCACCAAACUACUGCCACUCAUCGAAUCAAAGCCGGAAGUCCAACAAGGUUGA